UCAGCGCUGUAAAUCUCUUCGCUUGUCGGAUCGCCAUUCAGUUCUUUGGCAUGGCGUAAUUAUCAUCGUCUUUGGAUCCACUUGUUUUACUCAUAUCUAUUUCUCUGAUAAGUUGUUGAGCGCUUGCUGUCUGUCACGUUAGGCUUUGAAAUUCUUGUCUCCGUACUAAAAGCAAAAUUUUAGUUUUUAUUACUUAUACCAAAAACCCAAUAGUUAUUCUUGCGUGAAAGUGUGUCAAACAGCUGUGCAAAACAAAGUGCAGAUGACAAAAAAUAUAUAAAUAUAAAUAAAAAUAAAAUAAAUGAAAACAGAAGACGACAGAAAACGGCCGAAAACAUUUUUGGCUUUCGAAUAGCAGCUGCAAAAAACAUAUAAAAAAGAAGAAAAGAAAGAGCAACGAAUUCGCAAGAUUGCAGAAAAGUAAAAAAUGUUAUAUAUAGCUGAAGAGAAAAAGAAACUGGGCAACGACCAAUACAAGGCACAGAAUUACCAAAAUGCGCUCAAGUUGUACUCGGAUGCCAUUUCGCUAUGUCCAAACUCGGCUGCCUACUAUGGCAAUCGUGCCGCCUGCUAUAUGAUGCUGCUCAACUAUAAUAGCGCCCUGACCGAUGCCCGGCAUGCGAUUCGUCUCGAUCCCAAUUUCGAGAAGGCCUAUGUGCGUGUGGCCAAGUGCUGCUUGGCGCUGGGCGACAUCAUUGGCACCGAGCAGGCGGUCAAGACGGUCGUUGAGCUGGAGCCGCAGAGCACGGCUCUUAGCGGCGAACAGCAGGCCGUACAGAAGCUGCGUCAAUUGGAAAGCACCAUACAGAGCAACUACGAUACACAGGCCUAUCGGAAUGUGGUCUUCUACUUGGACAGUGCUCUGAAGCUAGCGCCCGCCUGCCUACGAUAUCGCUUGCUGAAGGCCGAGUGCUUGGCAUAUUUGGGCCGUUGCGAUGAAGCUUUGGAUAUCGCCGUAGGCGUCAUGAAACUGGACAGCACUUCCGCCGAUGCCAUUUAUGUGCGUGGCCUGUGCCUCUACUACACGGACAAUCUGGAAAAGGGCAUACUGCACUUCGAGCGCGCACUGCAACUAGACCCCGAUCAUCAGAAGUCCAAGCGAAUGCGCAGCAAAUGCAAACAGCUUAAGGAUAUGAAGGAGAAUGGCAAUAUACUGUUCAAGUCGGGACGCUAUCGCGAGGCGCAUGUCGUCUAUACCGACGCACUGAAGAUUGACGAGCACAAUAAGGAUAUUAACUCCAAGAUACUUUACAAUCGUGCGCUUGUCAACACCCGCAUCGGCGCCUUGCGGGAAGCUGUUCUUGACUGUAAUCGAGUGCUGGAGCUGAACGCGCAGUAUUUGAAAGCACUAUUGCUGCGCGCCCGCUGCCACAAUGAUCUCGAAAAGUUUGAGGAAGCGGUUGCCGACUAUGAGACGGCUCUACAGUUGGAAAAGACGCCGGAGAUCAAGCGAUUGCUGCGAGAUGCGAAGUUCGCAUUGAAGAAGUCCAAGCGCAAGGACUAUUACAAGAUACUGGGUGUAGCGCGCAACGCGACUGAGGAUGAGAUUAAGAAGGCGUAUCGCAAGAAGGCCUUGGUCCAUCACCCGGACAGGCAUUCGGGCAGCAGUGCAGAGGAGCGAAAGGACGAGGAGCUCAAGUUCAAGGAGAUUGGAGAAGCUUACGCGAUUCUCUCUGAUGCUCGAAAGAAAAAUCGUUACGACAGUGGACACGACAUCGAGGAGCAAGAACAAGCUGACUUCGAUCCAAAUCAAAUGUUUCGUUCGUUCUUCCAAUUUAGUGGUGGUCGAAAUGCAUCCUUCAAUUUUGAGUAUUGAGUCCCCGGAGCAGAGGCAGACACAGUCUAGCCGGCCACAUCGCCACGUAAUUACGACAAUUCAUGCACAAAUCGGAGUCUGCAUUUUACACACUUACUUUAAUUUGUCCCAAUACAAAACACACACAAAAACCCGACAUCAGCCAGUUACAAUAUUCCUGGGGUUUUUCUUUAUGUUAAGCGUUCGGCUUUCCAUUUUGGCAUGCAAAACAUAAUUAAAAAUAUAAAUAAAUUGUAAAAUACUAAAACUUGGUCAUGAUUUUCAGUCAAGGGUAUUUGAGUAAGCAGUCUUAUAACAAUUAAGUGAUAAUUAAUUACCUAAGUAUCUGCCUUUUAUGUAACCAAUUAAAUUUGUUU